AUGAAGGAAAGCAAGGACUAUAUCACGGGAUUGUUGGAAGCUAGGAAAGUAGCAGACAAUAUGACAAAAAUGUUAAAAAUAAAAACGGGGGGAAAUUCAACUAAAGUCUUCCCAUACAGUGUAUUGUACGUCUUUUACGAGCAAUACUUGACCAUCGUAGAGGAUACAGUACAAAACUUAUGUAUAUGUGUUGCCGCCAUUUUUGUUGUGACCUUCAUAUUACUGGGAUUUGACAUCAUUUCCGCUUUGAUGGUGGUAAUGACUAUGGCUAUGACAGUGAUUGACAUUUUAGGAUUCAUGUCCUUGUGGAACAUCUCAAUUAAUGCCGUUUCAUUGGUCAACCUUGUUAUGGCUGUAGGAAUAUCGGUUGAAUUUUGUGCUAACAUUACACGGGCGUUUGCCGUCAGCAGCCAUCGAGAUAAAGUCGAAAGAGCAAAAGAUGCAGUGGCUCAUAUGGGCAGUUCUGUGUUAAGCGGUAUUACCCUGACAAAAUUGGGUGGAAUAAUUGUUCUAGCCUUCGCAAAAUCGCAGCUUUUCCAGGUGUUCUAUUUCAGAAUGUACUUAGCAAUAGUUGUAUAUGGUGCUACUCACGGAUUAAUAUUUUUACCUGUCUUGUUAAGCUACAUUGGUCCUCCAGUGAACAAAGCCAAAUUAAAUAAUAAAGAACCAUUAGAAGAAAAUUUACGUGCAAAGGGACACACAAAUCAUGCUUAUAAUGAUGACUUUAUAAAGACGACAAGUUUUAAGAAAUUGGAAAAUUCACAUUUAUAA